UAACACUAUGCAAUGGGAAGUAAGAUAUUGUGAUAUUGAAAUGGUGAAACAUUUCAAUAUAACAUGUUGUCACAUGAUCUGAUGCUGCCGUUUUUCCUAUCUGUGAUACAACAAACACUGUGUUACACAAUACAGAACAUUGUUUUUUCACUGUUAUAGUUCAAAAGAUGUGAAUGGAAAGGUCAGCAUUGUUAAGUUAUAGAAGAAUGAAAUGAAAUGACAAAAUGAGUGUGUGGAAAAGAUUACAGCGUGUAGGCAAAUCAGCCUCCAAGUUCCAGUUUACAGCAUCGUAUCAGGAGCUUCAAGUUGAAAGUUCUAAGAAAUGGCAACCAGACAAGAUUUGUAUUGUUUGGACAAGAAGGAACCGGAGAAAGUCCACCAUGCUCCAUAAUUGGGAACCUACCAUAAAGAACCCAUACUUAGGUGAAGUUAUUUGGACAGUUCCAGAGAAUAUAGAAAUACAGGUGACAUUGUUUCGGGACAAUAAACAUUCACCAUAUGAAGAUAAAGAAUGGCAUUUCGUGAUUGAAAAUCAAGAUAAGAGUGGCCGGAGAAAGGUUCUGGCAUCUGCAGCCAUCAAUAUGAUGAAAUAUGCUAGUGAUGUACCAACACAGCAUGACCUGGCCAUCAAACUGAGUCCAGCUACAAGGAAAAUAGUGUCAGCAAAGAUUAAACUCACCUUGUCUUGUGUCUUUCUCAGAGAGGGUAAAGCAACAGAUGAGGACAUGCAGAGUGUGGCUUCGCUGAUGUCGAUAGGAAAGACAGACAUUGGUAAUCUGGAUGAUGUAGAGGAUGAUGAGGAAUCGGACCUGAACAUGUCAAUGAAAGUUGCAGAAAUAACAAGUCAGAUGUCACAGUUGCAUACAGCCAAUCAGAACAUGGGUAAUCCAUUUGGUGACCCAGAUUUAGAUGUUGAUGAGGACAUUGAUCAAAUGUUUCAAAAAUACACACCACAGAAACUUCCACUGAAUCCAUUUGAGGAGGCUGAAGAAGACAAUUAUCAAAGUCCGUCAGCAGAAAACAGCAGCAUAAACCCAUUUGAAGAAGAGUUUGAUAAAAACACUGAUGAUACUAAUAAUAGUGCGAGUACUAAUCCAUUUGAAGAUUCAACUGAACUUGAUGAUAGUAAUCCUUUUUCGGAAAAUUUCAAAGACACAUCAUUAGAAAAACCUGCCAAAAAGAAAAAGGCGCCUGCGCCACCUGUAUCAAAAUUUCAAACAUUACCUCAAAAUGUGCCAGUGAAAUUAGACAGUGAGGCCAAGCCUCCUUUGAAAGUAGAAAAUGAAGUAAGUGUUCCCCCUGUGAAUGAAAAGCCGCAUAAAUAUAUUAAAUCACCAAAAAAGAAGGCUCCAGUAGUCCCUAGACCAGUUUAUCAAGGGACACCACCCUUGUCACCAAAGGAGAAAAGAAGGUCAAGGCCAAUUACUCCUCCUCCAGAUGCAACGGGAGAUAAUUCUGUACAGCAGACACCAAAGACUGAGACAAAAGUGACAGAUGAAGUAAAUGGAACACCAGUAGCCAACAACUCACCCAGCACAGACUCUAGUUAUAGUGAAUCUCCUGCUCAGAAUGCUCCUAGUUCAACCCUUGACCUCCUGGGAUGGUGUAAAGAGGUCACAAAAGGUUACAAAGGGGUCAAGGUCACAAAUCUUACAACUUCUUGGAGGAAUGGAAUGGCAUUUUGUGCUGUUAUACAUCAUUUUAGGCCUGACCUAAUAGAAUUCAGCAAGCUAGCACCACAUGAUAUUAAAGGAAAUAAUAGAAUUGCAUUUGAUGCAGCAGCAAGACUUGGAAUUCCUCGUGUGAUAGAGCCAUCAGACAUGGUACUGCUGGCUGUCCCUGACAAACUGGCUGUGAUGACAUACCUACAUCAGCUGAGAAGUUACUUCACAGGAACAUCUUUAGAAAUUCAGCAAGUUGGUCCUAGUUCUUCUGAAAGUACAUAUACUCUUGGUGAGCAUGAUACGGCCGAGGACACGGCCAUUUCUAAAGAAAUGUAUGGGGAUAAAAUGAGUGAUAGAGUAGCCUCCCCAUCUAAAGAAAAAGUUAAUGAAAACUCUGUAACAGGAGGAAGUGAUAAAGUGGACAAACACAUGCCAAAUGGAAUAAAGGAAAUUAAAGACAGCUCAAGUGAUAGGAGUAAUAGAUCUAGUCUUUCAAGAGGAAGUUCUAAAGAAGGUUCUCCAACUAAAACUGUAAGUGAUUCAAAGAGAAGUUCUGUCUCUCCAGAGUCAGAGAAAACUAAGACAGUAGGAAAAGAGGAGUCAUUAAAUCCAUUUGGAAGUGAUGAUGAACAUGAAAAUGCUGUUGAAGAUUCUGAACAACAGUCUGAUACAGCUGAUAAAAAACAAGAUGGAAAUGCAAAAAGAGCUAUGAAUCUGCCAGGUUUAAAAACUACAGAAUUUACUAAGAAGAAGCCUGUUUCUCCAUCCAGAGAAAAGACUCCAGAUACACCCAGCUCUGAGGCAUCAGACACGUCACAAUCGAGUAGAAAGUCGAGACAGCUGGAGUUGAAGGAGAGAGCUCAGCUUUUGUUACAGAAAGCUCGAAAGGAGACUGAACAGAGACAGAAAGACAUGGAAGAUUCAGUAGAAAGUACAUCAGAAGAUAAGCCAGAUACAGCUGAACACAAACCUGAGACUGACGAAGAAGAGAGGAAGAAACGAUUACGCGAACGUGCCCGAAAGUUGAUCAGUCAGACACGAGACAGUAUUGGAAAACCAGAGACAGAGUUUAUACGUCAUAUGAGCGGAGACGCUCUGUCACAGACAGUGACUUCGUCAACUGCCCAGCCAUCUGCUCUUAACAUAGAAGAAACAGUUCCACUUUACACUCGUCAAUUACUGAGGUCUUACUUGAAUGUUCAUCAACACGACAGUGCAACAGAUCAGACAGAUGGUUCCAGAUCCUCUGGAGAACAAAGUUUAUCGAAAUCAGACCAUAAAUUAAAGAAGAUAAGCUUGGCUAAACCAAAGAUACAGCUGACAUCACCAGUGUCUCCAGGAUUUGAGAAGGAAUUCCCUCCUCCAGAACAAAGUGAAAAGAUGCCUUCAGAAUCCAAGACUGAAACAUCACAGACAAGACAUGCUGUGACUCCACAGCAGCAGAUUUCUUUCACUAGUUUGGAUUUUGAAGACAGAGAGUCAAGAGAACAAAGUCCAUUCCUGAGGCAAGCUGAGAAUCUACAGGACACAAAUCAGUAUGUACAGAAUGAGAUGGAGAACUUGGAGAGAGAGCAGGCUCAGAUUGACUGUAGAGCUGCUAUACUGGAACGUCAGUUACGGAGAUGUAUGGAGAAAAGUAGUAACAAGGCGAAAGAGGAGAAGCUGUUGCAGGAAUGGUUUAUGCUAGUCAAUAAGAAAAAUGCAGUGAUACGUAGACAGAUGCAACUCAACAUACUGGAAAAAGAAGAUGAUCUUGAGAAGAAGUUUGACCUGUUAAAUCGGGAGCUUAGAGCUAUGAUGGCAAUUGAAGACUGGCAGAAAACAGAAGCUCAAAAGCGUAGGGAGAAGUUGUUAUUGGAGGAACUGGUUGUCAUAGUGAACAAAAGGGAUGAACUUGUCCAACAUCUCGACUCCCAAGAAAGAGCUAUUGAAGACGAGGAGAGACUAGACAAGCGCAUAACAGAGGGUAAAUUACUCAAUCAGGAUAAAAGCUGUACCAUACAGUAACAUCAUCACAAAAACCUACACCAUUCUGUAGUAAAUUCUGCACAAUACUGCAUGUACCAUACAGAGACCCUAAAAUGGAUGUCGCCCUUCAAGAUAUUGCAUUCAUUGUGCAAGGAAAGUUGUGCUUAAAACAGUUGAAACAGCUAAAUACAAUAUAUUAUAUUAUAAUCCUUGGAAUGGACCCUUGGAGUUAAAAGCAUCUACCAUACAGUGAUCCCAUGAGCUAAUGUAUCUACAACACAGUGAUCUUUGGGUUUGAUCUAGGUAGUACUAGCUAGGUUUUAUUAUUAAAGCGAGGACAAUUUAUCUGUUUGCCAGUAAUGGUCAGAUGUAUGUUGUGCCAUUUAGAAAAAAACAGCACUCAGAAAUCUGAUGUAGUAUAUUUGUAUUUGAAUGGGCUGAAUAUAUUUUGAAAAGUUUUAUUGAUUUAUACUUAUAGUUUUGAGUGAAGCAAUGUUAGUUUUCAACUAAUUUUUUUUUUUUGAAAGUUUUGAUAUCUUGUGGAGAUAAAUCCCUUUAUUAGCUCACCUGAGCACAAAGUGCUCAGGGUGAGGUAUUGGGAUCGCUCACCGUCCGGCGUCCGUCCGGCCAUUGUACGUCCGUCCACACUUUCCUUUAAACAACAUCUCCUCCUAAACCAACAGGCCAAUUUUGAUGAAACUUCACAGGGAUGUUCCUUGGAUGGCCCCCUUUCAAAAUUGUUCAAAGAAUUGAAUUCCAUGCAGAACACUGGUUGCCAUGGCAACCGAAAGGAAAAACUUUAAAAAUCUUUUUCUCAAAAACCAGAAGCCCUAGAGCUUAGAUAUUUGGUGUGAAGCAUUGCCUAGUGGACCUCUACCAAGUUUGUUCAAAUCAUGACCCUGGGGUCAAAAUUGACCCCACCCCAGGGGUCACUUGAUUUAACAUGAGAAUAUCUUAAAAAAUCUUCUUCUCAAAAACCAGAAGCCUUAGAUAUUUGACAUGUAGCAUUGCCUAGUGGACCUUUACUAAAAUUGUUCAAAUCAUGACCCCGGGGUCAAAAUUGACCCCGCCCCAGGGGUCACUUGAUUUUACAUAGGAAUAUCUUCAAAAAAUUUCUGAAAAUAAACCAGAAGGCCUAGAGCUUAGAUAUUUCACAUGUAGCAUUGCCUAGUGGACCUUUACAAAAUUUGUUCAAAUCAUGGCCCCCGGGGUCAAAAUUGACCCCGCCCCAGGGGUCACUUGAUUUUACAUAGGAAAAUAUUUAAAAAAUCAUCUUCUCAAAAACCAGAAGUCCUAGAGCUUAGAUAUUUGACAUGUAGCAUUGCCUAGUGGACCUUUACUAAAGUUGUUCAAAUUAUGACCCGGGGGUCAAAAUUGACCCCGCCCUAAGGGUCAUUUGACUUUACAUAGGAAAAUCUUCAAAAGUUUUCUAAAAAUAAACCAGAAGGCCUAGAGCUUAGAUAUUUCACAUGUAGCAUAACCUAGUGGACCUCUACAAAAUUUGUUCAUAUCAUGACCCCCUGGGUCAAAAUUUACCCCACCCCAGGGGUCACUUGAUUUUACAUAGGAAAAUCUUCAAAAAUUUUCUAAAAAUAAACUAGAAGGCCUAGAGACUAGAUAUUUGACAUGUGGCAUUGCCUAGUGGACCUCUAAAAAAUUUGUUCAAACCUUGUCCCCCGGGGUUAAAAUUGACUCCGCCCUAGGGGUCACUUGAUUUUACAUAGGAAAAUCUUUAAAAAAAAAAUCUAAAAAUAAACCAGAAGGCCUAGAUCUUAGAUAUUUGACAUGUAGCAUUGCCUAUUAAGACUUUUACAAAAUUUAUUCAAAUCAUGACCCCUGGGGUCAAAUUGACCCUGCCCCAUGGGGUUACUUGAUUGUACAUAGAAAAAUCUUCAAAAUGUUCUAAAAAUAAACCAGAAGAGCUUAGAUAUUUGACAUGUAGCAUUGCCUAGUGGACCUCUACAAAAAGUUUUCAAAUCUUGUUUUUAAAGUUACUUAAAGAAAAUUUCAACUAUAUUUUCUCAUAAUUCUUUUGAUUGAUUUCUAUUAUGAUCUUUUGACCUUGAAGACUUGUCCUUAAGUGCAAUGAUAACAGGUGAGCGAUAUAGGGCCAUCAUGGCCCUCUUGUUUCAAUGAAUCUAAUUACCUUUCGUACAAGAGCUUUAUCUGGUAGUCCAUAAAAAUGGGAUAUAUAGUGUUAAUUGUCAAAAAAAGACAGCUUUGUUGCUAAAUAGUGCAAGAACUAUGAAAUAUUAAAUCUAAAUUUCUAUGUUGGAAAGAUCUAUUUAGAAAUGCAACACUUGUUCUAUGUUAAUUUACAACAACAAAAAUCAAGAAUUAUUAACUUACGUUAUGCUUUUUAAUCAUAUGGAUAAUGUGCAAUAUUAUAAUGUUAAGUAAUUGCAUGUAAAUUGUGUGUAUGUGUUUUGUUGUAAAUAUUUCGAGCAAAUUUAUUACUGGUAAGCCUUUGAAACUGUGGUGACUAUGCCUGUAGAUAUUUAAUGAGUCAAAAGAUGGUAUAUUGUCAGUUGUCACAAAUAGUCUGCAUCAGAUAUUUACCUGAAACUUGCAUUGAAUUAUUGUUUAUGAUAAGGCCAAAACAAACUUCAUCCUUUCUUCAAAUAUCUUGUGAUGUUUUGGUCUUUCAGUUAUUUCUGUGCCAAAUACAUGUAUAUAUUCCUAGUGACUUGUAAUCCCAUCUCAAUAUAGGGACCUCCAUAUCUCAGAUUUUUGAAACAGUAUGUGCAGGUGUUUUUUAACUUAUUUUGUGGAUUUAACCAUAAUGUAUUAUUAGAUGGAGCAUGAUUGACUCACCAGUUCCAGCAACUUCUCUGAAAUUAGUAUAGGCAAAAAAGUCCUAAAUUUUACCAAACUGUCCAUAUUGGUGAAAGGAAAUAUUUGCAAAAUUGCAUAAUAUAUUUUUAUAUAAUUAUGCCUAUGUCUUUCAAAAGACAGCCAUAAAUCUCAAAUAUUAUUCCUAGCAAACCAAUUAAAGUUUUAAAUAUCACAAAUUUUUAGCGUUAUGAGACCAUAAGAAUUAUUGAGUUUACAGUAAUAAAGCUACUUGGAUUGGCUUACAAGGACAGGAAAUUUCUUCAUGUGCUUUCAAGUCUGUCUUUUUGAAUCGUUCAUGUAAACUCCAACAUUUUGUAAUCAACAUUAUACCAUCUUUGCUCAGCUAUGUAUCAUUUAAAACCUUUAUAAAAUGAGCCGUGCCAUGAGAAAACCAACAUAGUGGCUUUGCGACCAGCACAGAUUCAGACCAGCCUGCGCAUC